ACCUCCGCCCCCGCGCGCGGGUGCCCUCUGCUGGGUGCGGGUGUGCGGGGCCGGAGCGCCAUGGCCGAUGGCUGGAGCCGCGAGGAGCGGGAGCCGCUGCUGAGCCCGGCCGGGGACGGGCCGCUGGAGGAGGGGGAGGGCAGAUACAGAGACAUUGUGGAAACCCAGCAGCAUUAUAAGAGUAGAUGGCGGUCCAUUUGGGUGAUGUACAUAACCAUGUUUCUCAGUAGCAUAGGUUUUUCAAUUGUAAUUAUGUCAAUAUGGCCAUAUCUCCAAAAGAUUGAUCUGACAGCAGAUGCAAGUUUCUUGGGCUGGGUUAUUGCAUCAUACAGCAUUGGUCAGAUGGUAGCCUCUCCCCUGUUUGGUUUAUGGUCCAAUUACAGACCAAAAAGAGAACCUCUUGUUGUUUCAUCUGCUAUUUCAGUAGCUGCUAACUGCCUUUAUGCCUAUGUCCAUGUACCUGCUUCACACAACAAAUUCUACAUGCUAGUUGCUCGUGCCCUCGUGGGGUUUGGAGCAGGUAACGUAGCAGUAGUUCGAUCAUACAUUGCCAGUGCUACUUCUCUUACAGAAAGAACUAGUGCUAUGGCCAACACUAGUGCUUGCCAAGCUUUAGGCUUCAUUCUAGGACCAGUUUUUCAGACCUGCUUUACUCUUAUGGGAGAAAAAGGAGUGACGUGGAAAACUAUUCAUCUGCAGCUGAACAUGUAUACAGCACCAGUUCUGUUGGGAGCUCUCCUUGGGGUUAUUAAUAUUAUUUUAAUAUUUGCCGUAUUCAGAGAACAUCAAGUGGAUGACAUGGGAAGGCAAUGUAAAAGCAUCAAUUUUGAAGUGGAAGAAAGUGAAGAUGCGAGUCAGGACAUCCAAGGAAACAUUGACCAUGUUGCUGUAGUAGCAAUCAACUUUAUUUUUUUCGUCAUCUUGUUUGGCUUUGCCAUUUUUGAAACAAUAGCUACUCCAUUGACAAUGGAUAUGUAUUCCUGGCCCAGGAAAGAAGCUGUUUUUUAUAAUGGAAUAAUCCUUGGUGGAGUUGGCAUUGAAUCAAUCAUUGUCUUCAUGGUGGUUAAAAUAAUUUCUAAAAAGACUGGUGAGCGUGCGCUACUCCAUGGAGGCCUAAUAGUUGUCUUGGUUGGAUUCUUUAUUUUAUUACCUUGGGGGAAAAAAUUACCAAAUAUCCAAUGGCAAGAUAUAAAGAACAAUUCCAUUCCAAGAGCAACCUUCAGUGAAAUUUUUACACCUUUAUGGAAUAUGCAAACAACACAGCUAUCAUUCAAUCACACAGAAGAGCCAACGGGAUGUCCUGUUGUGCAGUCCUGGUGCCUGUACACACCUGUGAUCCAUCUCUCACAGUAUAUAGCUUCUGAUAUACUGAUAGGAUUGGGCUACCCAGCCUGUCACGUUAUGUCCUAUACUUUAUACUCAAAAAUUCUUGGACCAAAACCUCAGGGUGUCUAUAUGGGCUGGCUAACUGCUUCUGGAAGUGGGGCACGCAUACUUGGGCCAGUGUUUGUGAGCCAGAUAUACACUUACUUCGGACCACGUUGGGCAUUCAGCUUGAUUUGUGGAAUAGUUGUUCUCUCUCUCUUUCUUUUGGAAGUAGUAUACAAAAGACUUAUUGCAUUUUCAGUCAGAUAUGGGAGAAUGCAAGAGUAGAAUUUUAGCUACAUGUAAGGGAAAACCACAAAAAUAUUUAUUUUUAACAAGCGGUGCCUAAACCCAGAGCCUUGUUGGCAGCAUACUAGAAACUAUAUAGACCUGUAUUUCCAGUCAAGUGAUGAGAUUAAUGAAGAAUGCAUAUUCUAACAUGCACUGUUCCUUGAUUUAAUGGAAGUUACACAUGCUGCCUCGGAGGAAGGAUAGGGACAGGAUCUAUCAAGAGUAAUGCAUGUUAGAGUAAUAGAGGCUGGAAAGGUGUUACACCCAUCUACAAAAGAACUAUGAAGGCUGUGCUUCAGGUACACCCUAUUUAAAAAGAAAUAAAUGUUGCCUUGAUUCUAUGAAUCAGGAUCAUUCAACAUCUAUUUUGCAACUACAAAGUUGAUUGAGCUCUGUGCACUCUUUAAGAAACCAUCUACCUCUUAAGUGAAUAUUUUAAUUGUAUCAGCAGGCUAAUCACAGCUAACGAGCAAAAAUUUUCUAAAAUACUCAUCACUUGUGCAAUAGAUCAUUUAAAACUUGAAAAAUCGAGCUUAUCUGAGACUUCAAAAGGAAUAUAUUCACUAAAGUUAGAAUUUGGAAAGGAGUUUAGAGGACAAACUCUCUGCAUUUUUAUGGGAUUUGGUGUUUAACUUGUGUUAAUUCCUCAGUGGAAGAAAAUACCAGCCUAGAAUGAGUGCUGCUUGAAAACUAAGUAUGCAUCCAUCCAUGAAUGAUAUGCUAGCUGAUUUUUACACGAGCAACAGCAGUUGAAGUAGCAGGACCAUUAACCACCAGUCCCAAAUACCAUCUUUACCUAAUAGAACAGGAAAAUGACAAAGCAUUCCUUUUACUAGUAUUCUGAUUUCUUUGUUAUGAAGAAACAAAGUCCCCUUGUAUAGAAGUAGGCAUACUACCACUGAACCAUUAGUGCUAAAAUUUCCUCAUUCAUUCUGUAGAAUUAGAGUGCAAGGCACCUAAUGUAUUAACUCCACAUCAUGUAUUAACUCCAAGCAUGUACAUGUAACUAUAAAUAAUAUUAAGAAUCGGGGGAAAAAACAGAUUGGAUUCACUAACAAUUUUUUUAUAAGGUAUGUAUAAUGUUUGUAUUGCAAAAACAAGAGAGAACAUCCCUUUUCUGUUCAUAUUUUUGAAGCAACUGUAACCUAAAACCUGUAAUUGCUCUUUAGCAUGUCUUUUAAGAAUUGAUCAUAUUUUUAAUAGCACUAACCUCUAUAUAUUAUGCAACCUGUAAUUUAAGUAUCUGUCGUUAAGUUCUCAUAUUUAAAUGACAAGUGCAGUAAAAAGUUAAUUUUCAAA